AUUUACUCAAAUAUAAAAUUAUCCAUCAGUCUGUCUUUAACUCUGAAACAUCACACACACAAGUAAGUUCGUGGUUUGAUUCGCUGAAACAUCAAAUGGACCAAAUUCAGCACAAGUACAUCAAAGUACAAGGGCUAAACCUUCAUGUGGCCGAGAUCGGAACAGGUACUAAAGUGGUCUUGUUCUUGCAUGGAUUCCCCGAGAUAUGGUACUCGUGGCGUCACCAGAUGAUUGCUCUGGCCAGCGCAGGGUUCCGGGCUAUCGCAACCGAUUACAGAGGAUACGGACUGUCCGAAACUCCACCCGAGCCCGAGAAGACCACCUACAGGGAUAUAGUCAGCGACCUUCUCGGAAUUCUGGAUUCACUCGAAAUCACUAAGGUUGUUCUUGUUGGCAAAGAUUUUGGAGGCAGGCUUGUCUCCAUGUUUCCUCUUCUCCACCCUGAGAGGGUCUUAGGAGUUGUAACAAUAGGAGUACCGCUCAGACCCCGAGGUCGAUACAGUCAAUCCAGUAGCAAUCUUCCUGAAGGCUUCUAUAUUCGUAGAUGGCAGGAACCUGGGCGAGCAGAAGCUGAUUUUGGUCGGUUUGAUGCUAAAACGGUGGUGAGGAACAUCUACAUUCUGUUCUCCAGAAGUGAAAUACCAAUAGCUGCUGAAAACCAGGAAAUCAUGGAUUUAGUAGAACCUUCUACUCCCCUUCCUCCUUGGUUCACUGAGGAAGAUCUUGCAACAUAUGGAGCAUUAUAUGAGAAAUCUGGUUUUCAAACUGCUUUGAAGGUUCCGUACAGGUCAUUUGAUGAAGAGUUAAGCAUAACAGAACCUAAAAUUGAAGUACCAGCGCUACUUAUCAUGGGAGCCAAAGAUUAUGUCUUCAAAUUUACAGGGAUAAAAGACUACAUAGAGGGUGAGAAGCUUAAAGAGUUUGUCCCUAAUCUGAAGAUUAUAUACUUGCCUGAAGGAACCCAUUUUGUUCAGGAGCAAUCACCUGAUGAGGUUAAUCAGCUCAUAUUGACAUUCCUUAACGCUUAUAUAUGGUCUUGAACAUUUGCACUGAAGUGUGUUGAAGAUUUGAUUAGUCUUGUGUAAAUCUCUGAAAAAUGUGGAAUCCGAUUCUGGAGAUGAAAUUCCAUGAAUAGCUGUUAUAUAAUGUGCCGAAUAAUGAAGAAACUAUUGAUUGAACUU